CGAGCCGCUCCGAUGUACAGCAUGAUGAUGGAGACCGACCUCCACCCCCCCGGCCCCCAAACCAACGCGGCCGCGGGGCAAACGGGGCCCAACGCGGGCUCCAAGGCGAGCCAGGAGCGGGUGAAGAGACCCAUGAACGCCUUCAUGGUGUGGUCGCGCGGCCAGCGCAGGAAGAUGGCGCAGGAGAACCCCAAAAUGCACAACUCCGAGAUCAGCAAGAGGCUGGGGGCCGAGUGGAAGGUGAUGUCCGAGGCGGAGAAGCGGCCCUUCAUCGACGAGGCCAAGAGGCUGCGGGCCAUGCACAUGAAGGAGCACCCGGAUUACAAGUACCGUCCCAGGCGGAAGACCAAGACGCUGCUGAAGAAGGACAAGUACUCGCUGGCCGGCGGGCUGCUCUCCGGAGCCGGCGGCUGCGGCGGAGUGGGCUUGGGGGUCGGCGUGGCGUCCUCCUCGGCGGGCCAGCGGCUGGAGAGCCCGGGGGCGCCCCACGGAGGCUCGGCGGGCCCCGGCUACGCGCACGUGAACGGCUGGGCCAACGGCGCCUACCCGGGCCAAGUGGCGGCGGCCGCGGCGGCCGCCGCCAUGAUGCAGGAGGCGCACCUCGCCUUCGGCCAGCACCCGGGCGGAGGCGCGCACCACCUUAACCACCACCACCACCACCACGCGCACCCGCACCCGCAUGCCCACCACGCGCACCACCACGCGCACCACCACGCGCACAACCCGCCGCCGGUGCACCGCUACGACAUGAGCGCGCUCCAGUACAGCCCCAUCUCGAACUCGCAGAGCUACAUGAGCGCGUCCCCGUCCGGCUACGGCGCCCUCGGCUACGCGCAACACCAAGGCUCCGGCGUGUCCUCUUCGUCCUCCUCUUCGUCGUCGUCGUCGUCCUCCGCCGCCGCCGCCGCCGCCGCCGCCGCCGCGGCCGCCGCCUCCAUGGGCGCGCUGGGCUCGCUGGUCAAGUCGGAACCCAGCGUCAGCCCGCCGGUGAGCGCAGGGCCCCACGCGCGGGGCCCCUGCCCCGGGGACUUGCGGGAGAUGAUCAGCAUGUACUUACCCACCGGGGAGCCGGCCGACCCCGCCAUGCAGGGCCGCCUGCACGCCUUGCCGGCGCACUACCAGAGCGCCGCGGCCGGCGUCAACGGGACGGUCCCGCUCACGCACAUCUGA